UUUUCUUCAUUCAUUCCAUACAUAUUUGUCUCUCCUUUACUUGCCUCUCUUUAAUAUUCCCUUUUGUAGUAGUAAUAACCACUCAAAAGGGCAUUUACUUCAGUCUCAAAAAUGGCUUUGUCUCUUAUCCUUCUAGCUCUCUUAGUAUUGUGUCCUAUUAGCGGUUACGGCCAGCGUUCUCCUUCGCCUGGAUACUACCCGAGUUCCCGAGUACCGACCUCUCCUUUUGAUCGCGAAUUCCGAACUCUAUGGGGCUCUCAACACCAACGUAGAGAGCAAGAUGUUGUUACUCUUUGGCUCGACAAAUCCACUGGUAGUGGAUUCAAGUCUCUUCGUCCAUACCGGUCGGGCUACUUUGGUGCUUCCAUUAAGCUUCAACCAGGCUUCACGGCUGGAGUUGAUACAUCCCUCUACCUAUCAAACAACCAAGAGCAUCCUGGAGACCACGACGAGGUCGAUAUCGAGUUUCUAGGGACGACGCCGGGGAAACCUUAUUCGCUUCAAACGAACGUAUUCGUUAGAGGAAGUGGCGACCGAAAUGUAAUUGGGAGAGAAAUGAAAUUUACCUUAUGGUUCGACCCUACUCAAGAUUUUCACCAUUACGCAAUUUUGUGGAAUUCUAACCAAAUUAUAUUCUUCGUAGAUGAUGUACCAAUACGUACGUAUAACAGAAAGAAUGAAGCUACGUUCCCAACAAGACCGAUGUGGGUUUACGGGUCGAUAUGGGAUGCAUCCGACUGGGCCACGGAAAAUGGAAGGAUCAAAGCUGACUAUAGAUACCAACCAUUUGUGGCUAAGUACAAAAACUUUAAGCUAGCCGGAUGCACAGCUAAUAGUGUAAGCUCAUGCAGACCGCCAUCGUCUGCGCCAGCCCGCAACCAAGGGUUGAGCCGGCAGCAAAUGGCGGCCAUGGCAUGGGCACAAAGGAACUUCUUGGUCUAUAACUAUUGCCAUGACCCGAAAAGAGACCAUACUCAAACACCAGAGUGUUAAAAAACACACACAUAAACAAACAAAAGCAACAAAAGGUUUUAAUAAUUUUUAUUUUGCAUUAUCAAAAACAUACAUUAAAGUUAAUAAUGGGAGAGAGGUCUUGUGACGGGUCCACACUGGAAACUAAAUUGAAGCAGUUGAGCGUCCGGUCCUCUCUAUGAUUUGUGAUUAAAAUUUAAAGAAAGGGUUUUGUUUUUUCUUUUCAAUACUUUGUAAUGUUUCCAUUUGAUAAUUUCCUUGUAAUUGUGUGAUCAUAUUAUUAUAUAUAUGGUAUUUGUAUUGUUGUGUGAACCAAAGAAAAAAAAAGAGUUGUCUUUUCGACA